AGGAAGGCCUGGAUUCUACACGAGCUGAUAUAAGAAGGUUUUGCUCUGUGCAAGGUCUACCUUACAAGCCUCAGCUCAGCUGUUCCUGGAGGAGACAUUCUUAACUCUGUAAGAUUCUAUUGAACUGCCUGCAUUAGAAGGAAGUUUUGUUAUUGAAAAGUCUGCCCUUCUCAUUUGUUCCUGGGGAUACCUGCAGAUUGGUGUGGCGACAGCUCCCCAGGCUAAGGUAUCUUCCAUGAUGUUGCAAGUGCAAGGUGCCCAGAUGCUUCAGGCACUGGAGAGAUCCUUGAGGAAGAGUCUUCCUGAAUCCCUUAAGGUUUAUGGGACUGUCUUCCACAUGAACCAGGGAAACCCAUUCAAGCUAAAGGCCCUGGUGGACAAGUGGCCUGAUUUUAAUACAGUGGUAGUCCGCCCUCAGGAGCAGGAGAUGGUAGAUGACUUCGAUCACUACACCAAUACUUACCAAAUCUACUCCAGGGACCCCGAGAACUGUCAGGAACUGCUUGGCUCACCAGAAGUCAUUAACUGGAAACAGCAUUUGCAGAUCCAAAGUUCACAGUCCAGUCUGAAUGAGGUGAUACAAAGUCUUGCAGCCAUGAAAUCCUUCAAAGCUGAACAAACACAGUGCUUUCUCUAUGUGGCACUUGACACUUUAAAGAAACUGAGUCCUUCUCUACUGGAUAUAAAGAACCUACCGCCUGGUGAUGGCAAGCCUAAGCCCAUCAAUGAGCAAAUGUUUAAGCUGUCUUCCCUGGAUGUCACCCACGCUGCCCUGGUGAAUGAAUUCUGGCAUUAUGGUGGCAAUGAUAGGAGCCGAAGAUUCAUCGAGCGCUGUAUCCAGAACUUCCCCAGCUACUGUCUUCUGGGGCCCAAGGGGGAACUGUGUCCUGGGACCCUAAUGGACCAGACAGGAGAAAUGCGAAUGGCAGGCACCGUGCCUGAGUACCGGUCCCAGGGCCUCGUCUCUUAUGUCAUCUAUACCCAGGCCCAGGCUCUGAACAAACUCGACUUCCCUCUGUACUGUCAUGUGGACAAAAAUAACAAAAUUAUGCAGAGAAUGUGUUACAGUCUGCAAAAUAUUCGCAUGCCUUUUUAA